AGACCCGCUUUCCGCCUGGUCCGCCCAGCCCUCGGGCUGCCCUCAGCGCCCGCCCGUUUGCAGUUGCGGCCUCACCACAGACGGGUCUUCCUUAGCCCAGAGUGAGCGCGGGUUCCGAAGCCCGCGAGGAUAGGAGGUCGUGGUUCUCCUCACCCGCGCCAUGUCGGGCUGUCACGCUCCGGAGGGAGACUGCGGCUCGCGGCGCUGCAGCGCGCAGGACAAGGAACAUCCAAGAUACCUGAUUCCAGAGCUUUGCAAACAGUUUUACCAUUUGGGUUGGGUCACUGGGACUGGAGGAGGAAUUAGCUUGAAACAUGGCAAUGAAAUCUACAUUGCUCCUUCAGGAGUGCAAAAGGAACGGAUUCAGCCUGAAGAUAUGUUUGUUUGUGACAUCAAUGAACAGGACAUAAGUGGACCUCCGCCAUGUAAGAAUCUUAAAAAAAGCCAGUGUACUCCUCUUUUCAUGAAUGCUUACACAAUGAGAGGAGCAGGUGCAGUGAUUCAUACCCACUCAAAAGCUGCUGUCAUGGCCACCCUUCUCUUUCCAGGACGAGAGUUUAAAAUUACCCAUCAAGAGAUGAUCAAAGGAAUAAGGAAAUGUACUUCGGGAGGGUAUUACAGAUAUGAUGAUAUGUUAGUGGUACCCAUUAUUGAGAAUACACCUGAGGAGAAAGACCUCAAAGAACGAAUGGCUCGUGCAAUAAAUGAAUACCCUGACUCCUGCGCAGUCCUAGUCAGGCGUCAUGGCGUGUAUGUCUGGGGAGAAACCUGGGAGAAGGCCAAAACCAUGUGUGAGUGUUAUGACUAUUUGUUUGAUAUUGCUGUAUCGAUGAAGAGAGUCGGCCUGGAUCCUACACAGCUUCCAGUUGGAGAAAAUGGAAUUGUAUAAGCCAAAUGAAAGUUUAAUGAUAUACACCAAGUUUUUCUUAACUAUGACUCAAAUGAAACUUGACUAUUCUUUUUAAUGAAUUGAACAUUGCUGUGAUACUAUUAAUUUGUCACUAAGUACAAGAUGGCCACCCUGAAUCUCUUCUGACAUUGGAUGAUAUUUGCUUAUAUUUUUGUAAUUUUAAAUGACACUGCAGUGGAAUAAAAAUUAUUUCAUAAUGAA